AUGAGAAUUCACAUUCGAUUUAUUGGUAUGAAUGCAAUUUUAAUCAAAUGCCCCAAAAACAGUUCAAACAAGUCAUGCGAAACUCAGUUGAUUGUUAAUAUCCACAUGAACCCAAGCUUUGAUCUGGAUAACUCCGAGAAGUUUUGGGUGGUCGAUAAAGUCUAUGAGCCAUCAAAAGGAACGACUUCUAAGAUAAUAUCACCCUAUCUAAUAGUUCUUAGCAGAGGUGAACCAGUUGUUAUGUAUCCACUUCAGUAUUUUAAGGUUAAUAUUGCGAGUCUUGGACUAGUUCGAGUUAUGGAUUCACCUUCCCCCAAAAGUCCAGAGACUCGAUUAGAAUUUUCUCAUGUAAAGGAAGGCACACAUAUUUUUAAUUAUGACACGCAGGAUAACAAUAUAAAUUCGCAUCAAAAUCCCGACCAGGAAAACAAAGUGGACGAUCGAUCAAGAAAUAGUCAAGUCAAAAGCGAUCAAAGGAAAAACCUUAAGCAAGUGGACACUUUUGACAAAAGUUAUUUAGCACUUGAUAAUAAGGAUUUAAAAACCCACAAGAACCAACACCAUGAAAACAGACAUGAGGAACAAAUUAUGGAUAAAAAUCCAGAUCAGGAAUCCGUUUCGGAUUAUAUUUUGCUUAAUAGAUUAGCACAAGAAGAAAGAUUGAAAAAUAUUCAAAAAGAAAUCGAAGGGCAACUUUCACAUGGGAAUAAAUAUAAAACAAAUGACUUUGAGUCUGAUGCUGAUGCUGAUACUGAUUCUCAUUCCGAUUUAAAUGAUAUUUACCAAGAAUCUGAUGAGCAGUUUAAUUUAAAGUCAUUACCUAAUAGGAAUCAUUUCUCACAUGAAAAGGAAAAUGGCAAACUAUACUCUUAUCCAACUAAUAUUGGACCUGCAACUUUGAAUAACUUUAUGUUUUCUAACUUACCCCAAAAUAAUGAUAAUGACUUUUCGUGGUCUCCAACACAAAUUGAAGAUGAUAGUAUUAAUUCAAUUAUAAACUACCAUUUGAAUAAUAAACUAACAAGUGAUCAACAUGAUUUUAACUCAAAAUAUUAUUUGCCAACAUAUUCCGAUUUUAGUUUAAAGCAUAAGAUAAAACCAUUUCCAUCUUACUCGAAAACGAACUAUCACAGAUCCUUGCCUCUCUCACGAUCAAAAAAUAUAAAGAGAAUUAAACGAAGUCAGCCUGAAUCACAAGAAAUGGAAAACCAAGAUGGUUCUCGAUUUGAUGAAAGCUUUGAAAACAAUCCCAGCUCUUCAAAAAAGUUGAAUGCGGAAAACAUAGAGGAUAACAAUGAAAUUCCAUGCGACACUUGUGGAGGGAAAAACAAAAAGAAGGACGAAAAGCCCAAAACAAUUUAUUCCCAAAUUUUGGAGGACUCAAAAAGUGUAGACAGCGAAAUUGAGAAUAUCAAUCUAAAACUCAAUGAUCCCGUUCCAUGCGAUACGUGCGGAGGUAAAAAUAAGAAACCUGGUGGGAAACCUUUGCCUGGAGGUCUGCCACCCGAGAUCAACCCGGUAUUAUCUGAAACUGAACCAGAAAGGGUUCCCGAUUAUUUGAUACCAUGUGAACGAUGCAGAGGAAACAAUAAGUGUAUCGAAGGAAACCUAGACUCCGCAUCCUGUGGCUGUAUAACUAAUCCCAGUGAGUGUAAUUGUGAGUCCUCCAAGUCAUCCAGAGCUUUAAAUGAAAGUACUGCGGAAAACUUAGGCUACACCGUUUUCAAUAUAAAAAAUCCUGUGCCCUUUUUAACAACUAAGUUACGAGUUUUUAGAAGACGCCAUAACACGUGGUGGAGAAUUGCUCCCAUAAUAACAGUUGACAGCCUUUCUGGAAUAUACGCAAACAAGGAUCUUUCAGCUGUAUUUACUUCGCACGUCGAUUUGAUUCGGUUGGAGAAAGCUUCAACCUUUUUAAAUCGAAAGCUUGCAAUUCCCAAGUCAAAUGAUAACUUAUAUGCAAACAAAAGGCAAGACCAUACCAUUAACGAUUUGCAAAAUAACAUUGGAAAUGGCGUUCUAAUUGAUGCUUCAAAAAUGGAUUUAUCCAUUCAAGAAAUAACCAGCUCUGCUAACAACAAUAGAGAAAAGGAAGCAAGAAUGGCGGGUAUAUCUUCUAAAGGAAUUGAAGGCCUGGGAUAUUUGCCAAUUACUAUGAACGCCUUGGAAAAUUGCCCGCAUAAAGACAAAAACUUAUGCCUGAAUAUUCGUCAGGAAAAAGUACCAGAAUUUAGCAUAAAAGUGAAGAUCCCCUUCCGCGAAAAUGCUCUUGUUACUCGAGAUAAGCAUAUUGUUAAAAUAUCAAGAAUUGUUACCGAUGCAACCACAAAGGAUGCUCUUCAAAUUUCGAUCGAUGUGAUCAACAAAGGAUUCGAAGCACAAGAAUUUUCCAUAUUUGUUUGCAAUUGCGAUCUGUCAAAAAGUGACUCACUAACAACUAGGGCCGACAAAUUAUUGAAACCCGACAUUGGUCAAACAGUCAACUUUUUAUUGCCAUUAUUAAUAAGUUCGAAAAAAAGCAAUAAAUUUAGUUGUGAUGUGGUGGUAAAAGCAAACGAAUUAAAUUAUGAUGAACCGGACAGCAGAGCACCAAAAGAUGAUGACUUCAAAGUUGGAGUUGUGGCAAAGAGGUCAAUGGACGUCAAGUGCCACUCAAGGUGUUUUUGUAUUUGGCGAUGCCGAUGCCACUGUAUUGGAAAGUUGGAAACCUUUAUCAACUAUAAUGCUUGUGACAGAAUGGAUCCCAAGUCGGAGAAAGAAGCUGGCCUCAUUUACAAUUGCCCACCUGGCAAUGAAAAAAAUGAUGUGUGCAUCAAGGACAUUGAUAACGAAGCCAAUGAGGAUGCAUGUUGUAACCUUACUUGUAAAAUCUUGGCUAUUGCGUUGCUUAUUUUAGCUCUUCUUUUUUUAUUGGGAAUUUUAAAAGCAAUUCUUGGAAUCUGCAUUCAAUCAAUAGGCCGAUGUGGUUUCGAUACUGUCCAACCUGGAAGGUCAUAUGCCUGCACCUCGUGUUUAAGGAUAUUUUUAGUAAACUGUUUCUUUUUUUUGAUAUUUCCCUUUGCAUGCUGGUGUAAAUUAUUUCGGCCGAAGCCCAAAGAUUUAAUAGAUCCCAGCUCCGAUUGGAGUUGCAUGUCAAAUAGUGAGGACGAAAUCGAGUGUUCUUGUGAAGAAAAGCAGUUUAACUCAAAGUGUCGACUUCAUGGCGGCCAAGAUCAGAGUUUGCAUAACAAUUUAGUUCUCGCUUUUGCGCCUCUUCAUGAAAAUGGUUUGUUUAAGGACGAAAAAUCAGAUGAUGAGGAGAGUCAUCUAUUUAUUUUGGAGGUGUUGGAGGAAAGCAAGCAUUCGCUGAAUAAAAUGAUGAGUCAAGCCUCUAAUCCCAUACAAAAUGUUGAGCAAAGCAGUGAAAGUAACGUUGAUGUUAUAGCGGCCAAUGAAUUAGUGGAUAGCCUUAAGAACUCACAGGCUGUCUAUAGGACAAUGAGUUCCCCAGUUGGUGGAGUAAUCAACAUUCCGGAAAACUAUCAGUAUUGUAUAAAAGGUUUCUUUUUACCAACUGUAAAUUCUACCUAUGAAUUUAUGAGCUAUCAUCCACUCUCUCAGUUUGUGGGAAUCUCAGAAAAGCGCGAAGUUACGAGACUGCCGCAACCGCAGUACAUCUACUCCGACGAAUUCUCAAAGAUAUACGCUGAUAAAAUGGAGGUCUACCGCAUAGCUGAUCUUUCAGUGGUUCCUCCGUUAAAUGUUCCUUGUAUAAAUAUUGACCAUUGGAACCAGUUGGAGAAUUCUUUUGUCAAAUUAUCCAACCAACAAGAACAAUUAAAAGCUAGUCAAACAUAAAAAAUAUUUUUAUACUUUAAUAUCUAUGUUUAUUUCAAUAAUUUAUAUAAAAAAAACUGCAUUAAUUUAA